AUGCUUGUGUCAAGUAGAAUUGGAUUUAAGAAUUAUAUCAAUUGGCAGAAGCUGGUAGUAAACCAUGUGAUUUCUGUUCGGCAUAUGUCGGCCGGCCCAACCUCCAAACGACUACCAUUGGAAGGUGUCAAGAUUGUGGAUUUGACCAGAGUACUAGCUGGCCCAUACUGUACACAAAUAUUGGGUGAUCUGGGAGCUGAUAUUUUUAAAAUUGAGCAUCCUACUCGAGGUGAUGACACUCGGGCAUGGGGUCCACCAUUUGCUGCACCCAAUGAAUCAGCUUACUUUUUGGGUGUGAAUAGAAAUAAAAAAUCAAUUGGGCUUGAUUUCCAAUUUGAAGAAGGGAGAAAAAUCAUUCAUGAACUUGUCAAGUCGGCAGAUGUUCUGGUAGAAAAUUUUGUCCCCGGAGUGCUUUCGAAAUAUGGUCUUUCAUAUGAUCAGCUGUCGAAAAUUAAUGACAAACUUAUCUAUGCUAGUAUCACUGGCUAUGGCCAGACUGGGCCUUAUCGUCUCAGACCAGGUUACGAUGUCAUGGUGGAAGCAGAAUUUGGUUUAAUGCAUAUCACAGGUACUCCUGAUGGGCCACCCGUUAAAGUCGGAGUUGCAGUAACUGAUUUGACCACUGGUCUCUAUGCUGCGAACUCCAUUAUGGCGUCUUUGAUUCACAGAUCAGUCUCAGGCAGGGGUCAGCAUUUGGACAUCUGUUUAUCUGAUUGUCAAUUAGCUACAUUGGCUAAUAUCGCUAGUAGCGUGCUUGUAUCAGGGCAACCCGACGAAGGACGCCAAGGUACAGCUCAUCCUAGUAUUUGUCCAUACCAGGCAUUCGACACUGCUCAGGGUGGGAGUAUCAUGAUUGGAGGUGGUAAUGAUAACCUUUUUAGACAUAUUUGUGAUGCAUUGGGCAAACCAGAAUGGAAAGAGGAUCCUAGGUUCUUGACUAAUGCGCUUCGAGUCAAGCAUCGUGAAAUCCUCGUACCAGCCAUCUCUCAAAUUACACAAACGAAGACCACUAAAGAAUGGCUGGAUCUUUUUGAAGGUCGCCCCUUUCCAUAUGCUGCUGUCAACGAUGUUCUAGGUGCACUCAAUCAUGAGCAUUCAAGAGCCCGUAACAUGGUUGUCGAAGUAGACCACCCUACUUGUGGAUCUGUGAAGCUUGUAAAUUCACCAGUAAAGUACUCUGAGACCCAGCCUACCGUUCGUUGGGCUCCACCGACUCUUGGUCAACAUACGAACGAGAUACUAAGCAGCAUUGGUUACAACAAUGAUCAAAUCGAAUCCCUUCGUACUAAUGGUGUCAUUGGUUGA